UUUUAUUUAGUUAAAAAAGCAAUCUGUAGAAAAAACAAAAUAAAAUAAAAUAAUAAAUAAAAAAAAAGCAAACAAUCAGUUGAAAAGCAUGGCUGCGAAUGUAAACCGACGUAAUCGUAUUGAUCAACAGCUAUGGUCACCGCACUACUUUCAACGACUGUAUCAACGCAAACAUCUUACGAGAGAUUGGCCAACAUUCUGGUUGGCGAUCGCGAUGUUGAUCGCUUUCAUUACAAGUUGUUUGCUUCAAUCGUGUCUAGCUCAUGUGGCGCUAACUUAUCCACCUGCACGUAAAUACAAUUUGGAUUUUUUGGAUAAUUCCCGUACUAAGGGUCCGUGCGGCAUGCCAAAAGGAUUAGAACAUACUUCGCUACUGUCUGGUUCAAAACUUAACGUUACCUGGCAUUUGGCUUAUCCCCAUCGGGGCGGUUUUCGACUACAGUUAUUAGAUGAGCUGGACCGUCCUCUGGUCGAUUUGACACCACAAGUAAAUGGAUCGGAAUUUAUUCGCACCGAUGUUACUGCUCAAUCUUACGAAGUCAAUAUUCCGAACGAAUUCGAAUGCUAUAACUGCACGCUACGUUUGCUGCGACAAGCCGACGAAUGGUCUAGUGAUUAUCGUUUUUGGUCGUGUGCAGAUAUUGACGUCAGAAAACGUAAGGACUUUAAGGAGACUUGUUCGGGAAAUGGCAAAUAUUUCCCUUCACGUUGCAAAUGCGAAAAAAAUUACUACGGUCCACAGUGUCAAUACAAGGAUGAGUGUUCCAAUAAUCAAGAUUGUGGCAGCCAAGGGAUAUGCAUAGACUUACAGGGUACUGUACUGCCGCGUAAACAAUGCUAUUGUAAGUUCGGUUGGUUUGGGCGUGGUUGCAAUAAGCGAUCACCAUAUAAGAACAACGAUAUUGAUCUGUCCGCUUAUAUGAUGAAAGAAUUAUCACCAGAUUAUAAAAUGUAUUGGAGGUUACUAGAGACUCAGCAAGAAAUCGAGGUUGUUCUUAAAGUCAAUAGUACUACUUGGAUCGCGAUGGGAUGGAGGCCAUCGACCUUGACAAAGAAAUGUAAAAGUUUUCCCUUGAUUCAGGAUCUAAACAGUGGCAAUAGCAAAUCAACAGUAAAUCUAGCUCCGGAAUCAAUGAAAGAACCAGCGCCAGAGCCAACAGCAGAGCCAGAGCCAGAGCCAGAAUCAGCCCCGGAACCUGAACCACCUACUGCGGAACCCGAACCAAUACCACAACCCGAGCCAAAAUCGGAACCUGAACCAACAUCUGAGCCAAGCAAAAAUAAGCGGCUUGUUGACAAUGACGAAAAUUAUCCUACAAGGGGAGUGAGUUCAAUAGCUAGAAGCGUAUCGUAUCGUGUAAGCACCUCAUCAGGACGUAAACGCCGAGAUGUCGAAGAUAUAACGGAGUCGAUAAACUAUUGGCAACAUCAACGUCCUAAGUCAACUUUCGAGUCAAAAGUGGAACCAGAACCAACACCAGAACCUGAGCCUAAAUCUGAACCAGAACCUAAAUCUGAGCCCGAACCUAAAUCUGAACCAGAGCCUAAACCUGAACCAGAGCCUAAAUCUGAGCCAGAACCAACGACAGUCCCUGAGCCUAGAUCUGAGCCGGAACCUAAAUCAGAACCGGAGCCUAAACCAGAACCUGAACCCAAUUCCGAGCCGGAACCUAAACCUGAACCCGAGCCAAAGUCAGAGCCAGAGCCUAAGUCAACGUUGAAUGACAAUCACCAUCGCGUCGCACAAGGUUCGGAUUCUGCUAAAAUAAAUUCCUAUAUUCCUCGCCACGAUUUUAAUCCCAUGGAUUGUACGGAUAUUAUAAUAGGCUCAGCUCGUGGCAUGGCUAGCCGUGUAGGAGAUUAUUACACACGUGAUCGGUCGACGCCUCGUCAUGAUGAAUUCUAUGGCGGCCAAGAUGAUUUAACUUUAGCUACCGGAUUUGAAAUGGAUGGCGUAACGACAAUUAUAUUUCGUAAAAAGCUAGUUUCAACCGAACCAACCGAUCACACUUUAGACGAUCAGCUAACGCAUGUCAUUUGGGCGAAGGGUCAAGAAUUAGGCCGCUAUGUGCAUAUACCGGAAUCGGGCAUUGAAACUGAAACAGCUUCAGUUAAGGAAUUUUAUCAGCCGGAUGAGUUAAAAUAUCAUGGACAUAGAAUGCAACGCGGGGUAACCCAAAUAAAUUUCUUUGAAAAAGCCAAAUCACCAGAAGAUCAAGAUGAACACACAAAUGUUUUAAAUAACGAUUGCUAUGGUCAUUGGAAAUAUCCGCAAGAUUGUGAACCAGAAAAUCAUAGCUGCGAAUACUAUGCUUCAUGGGAGACAGUGGGUAGAGGUGAUGAAAUGUUCUGGCACAUUGAAACGAGUAAUACGCAAACUUGGACUGGGAUAGGAUUUAGUAACGAUGAAAAAAUGUCUCAAACGGAUUCAAUCAUUGGCUGGGUUGAUCGUAAUGGCCGACCAUUCCUUAUGGAUACUUGGAUAAACGGUUAUUCCUCGCCAAAAUUGGAUGAUCGCCAAGAUAUUACGAAUGCUUCGGGACGUAUUGAAAAAGGUGUAACUAUACUAGAGUUCACUAGAAAACGUAUCAGCAAUGAUGAACAGGAUUUAUCAUUCACCGACGAGCAUUGUUUGUAUCUUUUCUUCCCAGUUUUGGGCGGCGCUUUUAAUGCAGUAAAUAAGAAAAUACGCAAACAUGAACGUGUGCCUUCUAUUUCGCCUAAUCGUGUCUGCAUCAAGUCAUGUGGCAAAGAACUUGAAAAUAUAAUAAACGCACCAACUACGCCGGCACCAAAUCGUUUGGUUUAUUCAGUAGCCGUUAAACUUAUGAAUUUGGCAGAGUCGUUUGCAGCUCCUGAACCAGGCACGGUAGAGUUUAAUAAUUUGGCAGCCACUAUUUCCGACUCUUUCAACGGUGUACUCAACAAUAUUGCCGGCUAUUAUAAAACGGAAAUUGUCGACUUUGAAAAAGACGGGACUACAAUGAUUGCCAAAUUGCAUACGUUGUUCGAUAAAAACGACUACGAAAAAGGUUAUGAUCUCAAUACCAAUAUUGUUAAGGAUGAGCAGCAGGAGAAAAUGUUGGAAAAUGGUGAUCUUAUUAAAAAUGCUCUACUCGACCAAAUUGCUACCGGGAAAAUAGGAUCUUUAAAUGUCGAACCACAAUACUUAGACUUUGAAGCCUUGGAAUAUAAACCGAUCAAAAUGUCGGAGGAAACAAAGCUUUCAUUUUUUGAAUUAUCCGAAGUACGGCUAUACAUUGUCUUGGGCUUAAUUGCUGCUCUCGUCUUCAUAGCAUUGGUUCAAGCAAUUUUCACCAUCUGUAAGACAUCUAAAAAGAAUAGAUCCAAUAAGGAAAAUCUAAUCCAGAAUUCACCUUGGAAAGAAUUCACAUCGAAUACAAAUUAUGCUUUCGAUCCGUAUGGUGAAACUGAGGAGAAAAGUGCAUCUGCUAAUGCAACUUCGACAAGUAAAGAAAAAUCCCAACGUCAACGUUCAUCGAGUCAUAGUCAGCAAACCACGUUACAAAUGUCACAUUCGCCGACAAACAAGUCACAAUUAUAUUUUGAAAAUUCCAAUGGAAAUGGAAAUUAUGCACGCACCAAUGCCACCAGUGCUACCACACAAUUAAAUUAUCGCCCGCAACGAAAUAAUGCCCAUGAAAAUGCUAAUAAUCGAGAUCGUAGCAAUCAUCAGGAUCGUUAUGAGCGUACGGAACCGAAUCAAACUGCCGCGAAUACGCAACGCAUGACAUAUGCGGACCGAGCGUAUUCUUUACCUCGCCAGCAGCAUCAGAAUGCGAAUAUGCAACCAUCCGGGUUUUAUACCCAAGAUCGACGUGAUCGUAGCGCUCAAAGGAUUUCGACGGGCAACGAUGAGCGGCGCUAUUAUCGUGACAGAUCUAUGGAAGAUCCACGUUUGGUAUCGAAUGGUGGCGCUGAUACUCCGGACUUUUAUUUCAUGCCCUCACAACGUAAAUAUUCCGGCGAAGUGGUACGAGUUUAUGUCGAUUACAAUAAGGAUCCCAAACAUUAGAAAACUUUAUUAAGAUAAUCUAAAGCAAAAUUGAAAAUUAGUUAAAUUAGUCAUUCUCAACCCAUAAAACCAAUCAAUAAGUUUUCUUUAAGGUGUAUACAUAUAUAUAUAUAUAUAUAUAUAUAUAUAUAUUCGCCUACAAUUGAAUAGAAAACACAAUUAUCAUAACGAUUGCUGUGGAAUUGUGCAUAUGUUGCCAUAAAUGCUAUGAAAAAUUCUGAAAUAAAUUCACGUGAAAUGAUAUAUCGCGUCCGCGUCCGAGAAUAUGAGGGAAAUUUCAUGAAUAGCUUAAGAUCAAUUAAAAAUUUGGGCUAAGAAACGUGCUUUGCAAUAAAGUUAGUUAUCCAAAGUGAACUCACUAUUACGAAUAAAUUGAAGUCCAUUAAGUCUGUGUUUCCGUUUAAAAAUAUCCAAAAUUUAGAUUAAACAUCUCAUCUCGUCCCGUAAAAGAUACUAACCCUAUCGAUUUUGCCAUAUCUGUUUAUCUAUCUGUCCGGUUGUUAUUGGAAUGCUUGCUACUAUAAAAAAUAAAAAUUAAGGUAGAUAACUUAAACCUAAUACAUGUCAGUUUAAGAAUACAUGUCAACUGACGAUAUCCGCCCAUAAUAGGCAAGAAAGUAUAAAGUUCUAGCUCAUAGGAUAUAUUGAUCUAACAAACAUUUAUGCGAAACAUUAAAGAUUUUGGUGAAAAGAGAGUCUCUUUAUACCCUACAUCACUUUAAGCAAGGGAUAUAUUAACUUUGUUCGGAAGUACCUGAGAUAGACCCAUCUUUUACUAUGCUAAUCGAUUCAGAAUCAAUAUAAGCUUCCCUGACUGUAUGUCUGUCUGGUUUGUUGAUAUAGACUCACCCUUUAGUAUACUACAAGACUCGAUUCGGAGUCACUUUUUGUUCGAUUCAGUACAAAUGUUGAACGCUUGCCUGCCCGCCUGUUCGUAUUGUUUCUUUGGGUUCAACUUAAAAGUCGCAAUUUUCGAGAAAUUUUAAUUAAACUUGAUAUACUGGUAUGUUUUGGCCCAAGGACGAAUGCUACAGAAAAUGAUUCGGUUUGGUUCGUCCACUCCCGAUUUAUUUUGAAAAAUCGUUAUAUGGGAACAAAUUGAUAUUUUCAAAAAAUUUUCGACAAUAUAAAUAAUUAUAAAUAAAAGUGCUUCGAAAUUCUAAAUUGGUUUCGAAACUUUGUACCAUAUGGGGUAUUUUUUUGUCAUAUAACCGCAAAAACGUCUUCUUGUUGAAAAUUCGUUCAUCAAAAUAUUUUGAUAUAAAAAUAAUCUUACCGAAUUUGGACUAGGCAGGUCAAUUUUUUUUUGGAUUGUAACAAUGAAAAAUAUGCCCUUAUAUGGCAAAAAGGUCGAAUUGAAUGAAAAAAUUGUCCUUAACAAAUUAAUCAUAGGGAACUUGAAUCACACAGAAAUAGUUUUUAGACUGUCGACGUACGGACAGUCUUAUGAACGUAAGCCCUUCUAUGGUGACAUGGCCUAAUUAAGUUUUCUAAAUUCAGACCACGUUUGAGUAUCCUUCCACAUGAAGACUUUCGUCUUCUUAUUCGUUAUACAUAAAAGUAAUGUAAAAUUUUUGGUGUAUUAUUAAGAAGAUGAAUGAAUGAUUGUAUUAGAUGAAGUGGUGUAGGGUAUCUAAGAGUCUUGAGCCUUGUCCGACUCUAGAAUUCUUAUUGUUUUCCCACAUAAAUGUUUAUGUUAGAUCGAGAUUUACUAUGAACGGGAAGGUAAUGCUUUCUUGGCUACUGUAGGACUUGAUUCGUUUGUAAACCCUGCCGUAAAG